CAACUGAUUGCUCUUGCUAGUUCCUUCCCCUUGAACUAAAUUUGUCAUUAAAUAAGCAUUACAAAUGAAACUAUCGAACGUAUUGGAAACAUCGCAAACUUUAUCCACACGAUAAGAGAGGUCCAUCCUUGAGAGAUGGGGAGUUUCAGCCGUGUGCCAGUGGUGGACGUCCACUGUGGGAACAUCAACGAGGUCUGGGCGUCCAUGGUCCUUGCAAUGUCCAACUCUGCCUUCAUCGCACUGGACUGUGAACUGAGUGGAUUAGGGCACAGAAAGAAACUGAAUGCCAAAUCUAUAGAUGAUCGUUACAAGAACAUUUGCGAGGUUGCCAAAUCACGCUCAAUUAUCUCCCUUGGCCUGUCCUGUUACCAACUGAUUACCUCCCCUGAAGGUCACUCACAACCAUGCGGUUACAUAGUGCAGACAUUCAACAUCCUGUUGUUGUGUGAGGAAGACUACACGGUUGAACCUCAAUCCCUGAAAUUUCUUGUUCAGCAUGGCUUUGAUUUCAACAAGCAGUACGAGAAGGGGCUGCCAUAUUACAGGGGACCCGACAAGGAUACAGACUUCAGUAUCAAAUCCCCGCGACAUCUGUUUCGAGAACUUGUGUCCAUGAAAGUUCCAGUGAUUUUACACAAUGGAUUGGUUGACCUCAUGUUUCUCUACGAGAACUUGUAUACCAGUCUACCAACAUCGUCGGGCACUUUCCUCGCUGACUUAGCGGACAUGUUUCCGGGCGGACUUGUCGACACAAAGUACAUCACGGAUUAUGAGCACAUAAUGCCUGCCUCAUAUCUAGAAUAUGUUUUCAGGAAAUGCCAGAAAGACAACACGGGGGCGGACCUGAAAUGUGUCCUUCAUUACCCGCACUAUCCGGCCACAUUCCCGCAUGUUACUUACCGAGACUGCUCCAUCCGGUCUACGUACAACAUUGCAGACAACCCAGAGGCUUAUAAAGACUGCCUUUGUACAACGUUUGCAGGACAUGGAUGGUGUGAGAAGGACCAAUUUUGUCCCAAGUCUCACAAUAUCGAUCUUAUCAUUGACAUGGAUGUCUUUGGGGAAACCCGCAAGAGUCGCAAACGAAAGCGUCGAAAAGAAAACAGAGAAAAGAGAACUCAAGUUAAUACCGGCGAUGAGUGUAAUACGUCAAUGGACAGUGAAAACACAUCUCUAAAUAAUUACUCUAUUGAAAACUGUGGAAAUGGUGUUGAGAAUUCAGAUGAAGUUAUGGAUGAUGUGAUUGAUGACAAAGGUGACAAUCCUGAUGCUGCAUUAAGAAGAAAGGUAUCUGCUGAAGAAAUAAUGAAGAAAUUGACAGAAGAGAAGAGCAAGGGAACGCAUGGGAACGGAGUCCACAGGGCGGGUUAUGACGCAUUUAUGACGGGGUUUAUUUUUGCCAUUUAUAAAAGCCGUUGUGACGGGGAUGAGGGGGUGGUGCAGAUGGAGGGAUGGACUAAUAAACUGUACCUCUGUGGAAAGGAUUUCCCCCUUACUGUGACUAAGAGCAGUUUCAGUAAGAACUCCAAACAGCAUCUGGAGAAAAUGAGCAAAAUCAGGAAGCCUCAAGUGGAGUAUAGUUGCUGUCAACCUUUGAUGACUUAGAACUAUAGUGGCUUUUAACCUUAUAUGUAUGUAUAGUUGAUGGCAACCUCUAAGGACUGUGCUGUAUUGCUUCUAUGGGUAUCACUGUGGGAAAAUAAGGCUCAAUGAAAGUGUGUAAAGUGUCAACCCAGAUCUGCCUGUGCAGUCCGCACAGGCUAAUCAGGGAAGACACUAUCCACCUUAACUUGACUGAAUAAUACCAUAAAAUGGAUAGUUUUGUCCCUGAUUAGCCUGUGCAGACUGCUCAGGCUAAUCUGGGAUUACUUUUUAUGUUAAUGCAUUUUCUCAGUAUUCACAGAGGGAGGCCCAUAUGUUUGUGGCAACUGUGUUUUUUAACAUCCUUAAAAUCAGCAAACUAAAUAGACAAGCUUUAAUUCAUAGUGUUUUUUUAGUAAUUGGAUGACUUGGUGAAUUGUUGGUCCUUUGUACACAGUCAACGCUUUUUAUGAGGCUUUGAACUGAGUACACUGUCAAAACUGACAAAACUGUUUGACAGGUUUCACCUUUGUAGGCUUCAACAUGAAUUCCACAACAUAUAUUUUAUUUUGGUGGAUGAAUACAAUUGAGAUUUAUGUUUCUGAAUAGAGCCAUUUUUUGUUAUUAACAUUUUUAUCAUAAUUUGUAUCAUGAGAUGUUUCAAACAUAAUUUGAACAUUUUUUUUCUUUGUAACUAGAUCUAUUAUUAUUUGGAAAAUUAGAACAAAAGUGUCCUUUUUGAAAUAUAAGAGAAUAAUGUAUGUUAAAAGUAAAGCUCAAUCUUCUAUUCACCAUAUAACUGAGUCAAUGGCUGACAUGAUUCGAAACAGUUGGAAAACAAUAGCUGUUUUGUAACCUUUUCUGUAUAGAACUCCAGACAUAAAAGUUACUUUUUACUUAUUUUGUUCAGUGAACAUUUUAAUGAAAGGUAAUGUGUUUCACUGUAUGAUUUGAGGUCAAAUAUGCAAUAUUGAAUUUUUCACCAAUGAUGUUCAGCAAUUUUGUACAUUUUAUGUCACGAAAAUAUUUGUAAUUACAUCAUCCCAUUGCUACUGCACAUUCUUGCUUUAAUAUCAACAUUAGUUCCUUGCAUAAAAAUGUAUAUUUUAUACAAAAAGAUCAAUAAAACUUCUGAAGUA